ACAAGAAGUUUAACUUAUAAUGCAGCAGGAUUCCCUGCAGACAAGUGGUUCAAAGUUCCGGGUUCUGCUGGGUUUGACUGGCAGUGUAGCAGCACUCAAAGCGCCUUUGUUGGUAAGACAACUCCUUGAAUUUCCAGAGGUUGAUGUGCGUGUGGUCACAACAGACCACGCCACUCAUUUUUAUGACAUCAAUGAAGUGCCUGUCCAUGCAUACACUGAUAAGGAUGAAUGGGAGAUGUGGAAAAAGCGCUGUGACCCUGUGCUCCAUAUUGAACUCAGACGUUGGGCGGAUCUUUUUGUCAUUGCCCCACUGGAUGCCAACACGCUUGGUAAAAUUUCCAGUGGUAUCUGUGACAACCUCCUGACGUGCGUGGUGAGGGCCUGGGACACAAACCGUCCGCUGCUCUUCUGUCCUGCUAUGAACACAGCCAUGUGGAACCACCCUAUCACUGCACAGCAAGUGGCCACCCUUAAAAGCUUUGGCUACAUUGAGAUCCCCUGCAUUUCCAAAAAACUUGUCUGUGGAGAUGAAGGUAAAGGUGGCAUGGCAGAGGUUUCAACUAUUGUUGAUACAGUCAAACAAUACUUCCAGAAACCUGGUGUCUGAUUUUAAAAACCAUUAUGGCAGAUCAACAAAACAGAAGUAGCAAGUAUUGGUAUGAUGUUACAAAGUUUGUUAACUUAUCUUAUAUUCAUUGCUUUUUACACAGUAAUGUUUAAUAAAUUAUCCUUUUCCUGUUGAA